CGCCUCUCCUCCCUGUCCCGCUGCGGUGACGGCGGCCCGGGGAACACCGGCUGGGCUCUGUACCGCGCACGUACCCCGAGCGCCCCUACGCGGAUCCUAGACGCCUCCUCUGCGCGCUGGUGUCACCCGGGCGCCGUGAAAGGCCAGGCUCCAACUGUCGCCGGGAUCCAAACAGCGUCUGCGACGCAGGGCCAGGCCGCCCCGGCGACCAGGAGACAACUCGGUUCCCGCCCAAGGCCUGGUGGAACAUGUUUUCGGGGACGCAGUUUGUGUGACAGUUGCUAGACUAUGUUUCCACUUCUGAUCGUACUCAGCCAGCUGACCAGACUUACCCUCGCGGUUCCUCACUGGACAAAAAGCCUAAAGGAUUCUGAACAUGUCCGAGAAGAAGAAGUCUUUGCAUCGAAAGCAGCAGCAAACGCCUUCGUGCACCGCCGCCUCCUGUACAAUAGGUUUGAUUUGGAGCUCUUCACGCCCGGGGACCUGGAGAGAGAGUGCUAUGAGGAGGUUUGCAGUUAUGAAGAAGCCAAAGAGAUUUUCAGGGAUGACGAGAAAACGAUUACAUUUUGGCGGGAUUACUCGUUGAAAGGACCGACCACACGAUCGGAUGCUAACAAAGAGAAAAUAGAUGUUAUGGGCCUUCUGACUGGACUAAUUGCUGCUGGAGUACUCUUGGUUAUUUUUGGCCUAUUUGGUUACUAUCUGUGCAUCACCAAGUGUAAUAGGCAGUCAUAUCUGGGUUCCUCAGCUGUCUACACAAGAAGGACCAGACACAUACCCUCCAUCAUUUUCAGAAGCCCUGAGGAGGUUGUCUUGUCUUCAUCACCACCUUCAGAGGACAUAGGGCUACCUUCCUAUGAACAGGCAGUAGCACUGACCAGAAAACACAGCAUCUCACCACCGCCUCCAUAUCCUGGGCCAGCAAAAGGAUUUAGGGUAUUUAAAAAGUCUAUGUCACUCCCAUCUCACUAAGCCCACCUUGCCGCCUUUCUGUAAGACAUUCAUGUGGUUUGAAUGAUUUGUUCUCCCUGAAACAAAAAAUGAUUUGCCUGUUCAGCUUUCUAUGACAAACUGCAAGGAAUAAAGAAGCAAUACAUACUGAA